GCUGCCUAUAAGAUGAUUGUGGGGGAGCAUUUCCAGCCAGAGCACCUUGUAUUUGCAGACAAGAGUAAUUUCAACAGGGUUUUAUUUCGCUGUGAUUUUGCUUGGGCUCCUAUUGGAAAGCAUGCACAACGGCAGGAUUUUUUCAUACGUGGCAAAAGGUACUUUUGCAGAAACUUUCUCAUCAGUGCCUUGACAUUUUGUUAG